CUAUUAUCUGCCUAACUCUUACUACGUUGUCACUACUGUUAUUGUACGCCGGAAUAUCUGAAUCCACUUUUAAUGAAAUCAUUCUGAGCACCCUUGCAUGAACAAGAAACCUUUUCACAACAUGCCACCCAAACGCGGAACAAAACGUAACUCGAAAGACAAAGGAAAGAAGGAAGAGGAGCCUCCGCAAAAGAAGAACAAGGGAAACGAAGAGCAAAAGAAGGAUGUCACCACAUCCGAGACCAAGUCUACUUCUCAAGACAAGCCUACUGUACUCGAAAAGGGUCAUAUCUACUUUUUGUAUCGACCCAAGAUGGAUACAGAAGGAGUCAGCAAUGUCGAUGACGUACAAAAGGUCUAUACUGUACUGAAACCCUACUGGAGCUCAUGCAAGCCCAAGCGCGAAAACACGCUGAUCGUGCUGGGCAAAAAAAAGCUACCUGAAACGCAGCGUCAUUCGCGUUACUGGGGUUUCGUGGCCGAAGCAUCCGACAAUAUCGACGACGUGGCCGGUGCGUUCAAGGAGCAUUCUUACGAAACAAAAACACGAGGCGAACGUACUGUGCAACCUGCACGACCUGUGGGUGAAGGCGUCUAUGAAAUUGCCACGCAUAACGGUCACUCGCAUCUGGCAUACAUGCUGACCCUGCCAGACAAGCCGCAGGAUGUCCAAAAGGCGUUCAAUAUUCAAGAGCAAGCGAGCAUUGUCAUUUCCGUCAAGAAUCCUGACAGUUCAGCCCCUGCUCAAGCCGGUCUUCCAAAGCGACAAAAGGCCGAGUUUCCCGACGAGUUGAAGGAACUGUUUGAGAAUCGGCGUUUUGUCGACAUGGCGACGACGACCGAGUUCCUCAACUACAGCAACUGUGAAUUGAUGCUCGUUGGCGCGACGGAAAAGAUCGAGACAGAGCUGGGCAAUGCUGGGAAAGAGCUGGAAAAGAUGGAGAAGGAGGAUGAGGAGCACGUUGAUUACGUGGGUGCGGACCAGAGUGUCUUUGACGAACUUGAGUUGUCAAAGAAAGAAAAUCCAAUUGAGCCAUUGAAAGGCGAGUGGACCUGAAGAAGAACUGAAAAUAAAGCUGUGU